GUUUUGAUCAAGAAAUCAUCCAAGACAUCACUUUUGUUCAUGGGUUUUCAGUUUAUCAGCUUCUAUGAAGUUUUAGCUCAUUCUUCAACUGCCAUACAUACUACAACUCUUCACUUCAGGAGGGUAUAUGUGUUGUUAUUUGCUCCCCAAGCAAUAAAAAGCUAAAUGCGGUUGAUUCCAUGGACAAAGGGCUUAAGGUCUCUUAUCUUAUCUUGUGAAGAUGAACAAUCCUUAGCUAAGGUCCACGCUCUUAUGAUUUUGUCUGGCCACCGUGGAAACUUCAAUGCCCUGCUUAUAAAAUCUUAUGCACGCAUUGCUGAUACAGUGACAGCUCGCCGCCUGUUCGAUAAAAUGCCUCAACGAGGUGUAGAUGUGUGGAAUGCCAUGAUCAUUGCUUAUUCUCGAGAGCACAACUCUAAUGAAGUCCUAAGGUUACAUCGUCAGAUGAUCGCCGAAGGUGUUAGGCCAGAUAGCUCUAGUUUUACGGUCGCUCUUAAGUCGUGUGCGUGCUUGUUGGAUCUUAGAUUAGGUGAAGAAAUUUGGUUUAAGGCCAUAGAAUAUGGCUACAAGUAUGAUGCUUUUGUGGGUUCAUCUGUUUUGAACUUGUAUGCAAAGUGUGGGAAGAUAGAUGAUGCAGCGACCUUGUUCGAUGAAAUGCCAAAAAGGGAUCUUGUUUGUUGGACAUCCAUGAUAAGUGGGUUUGUCCGAAGUGGGAAGCCAUUAAAAGCCGUUGAUAUUUAUAGGCGAAUGCAAAAAGGGGGUGUUGAAGCUGAUGGGGUUGUCAUGUUGGGGUUGAUACAGGCUUGUGUGAGCCUUGGUAACUCAAAACUGGGGCUUUCUAUUCACGGGCAUUUGAUUAGGAGAGAUCAGCCUUUGGAUGUAGUACUUCAAACCAGCCUUGUUGAUAUGUAUACUAAGUUUGGAAAUUUGGAUUCAGCUUGUUUAUUAUUUAAAAGGAUGACUCAUAAGAAUGUCGUCUCUUGGGGUGCUUUGAUUUCUGGUUAUGCUCAAAAUGGUUUUGCUGUGGAUGCUCUUAAAAUGUUGGUAGAAAUGCAAAGUAGUGGUUUUAAUCCAGAAUUUGUGUCUCUAGUGAGUGCACUUCUCUCUUGUGCUCAACUUGGUUUUUUGAAAUUGGGUAAAUCUAUACAUGGGUAUAUUGUCAAAAGGCUUGGAUUUGAUCAAGUUUCAGGCACUGCUGUAAUUGACAUGUACUCAAAGUGUGGAUCUGUUUCCUAUGCUCGUGCUGUAUUUGAUAAGACAAAGACUAAAGACUUGAUAUUUUGGAAUGCAAUGAUUACAGGCUAUGGAAUUCAUGGACUGGGAAGAGAAGCUUUACUGCUCUUCCUCAAGAUGGCAGAAAAUUUAAACCCCGACCACACAACUUUUGUUUCACUUCUUUCGGCCUUUAGUCACUCAGGUCUUGUAGAAGAAGGACUAAAAUGGUUUCAUCUUAUGCAAAAUGAUUUCAAGAUUCAACCAGGGGAAAAACAUUAUCUUUGUAUGGUUGAUCUUUUAGCUCGAGCAGGGCAAGUCGAAGAGGCUUAUCAGCUAAUAUGUUCCAUGGAUACUGAACCUGGGCUUCCCAUAUGGGUUGCUCUCCUUGCAGGUUGUUACAAUCAUGGGAAGUUGUUAGUCGGAGAAAUUGCUGCAAAAAAUAUACUUAUGCUGAACCCAGAUGACUUGGGAGUUUAUGCUUUGAUCUCAAACUUCUAUGCCAAAGAAAAUAAUUGGAAUGAAGUAGCUGAUUUGAAAAACAUCAUGAAACAUUCUGGAAUAAAGAAAAUACCUGGCUAUAGUGCCGUGGAAGUGAAAGGAAACUUUCAUUAUUUUCUGAUGGAAGAUAACAGCCACCAUCAACAUAAAGCUAUUCUUCAUUUUCUGGAUAAGUUGGAUCAUGAAAUGAGAUUUAUGAAACAUGUGCCAGAAGCUGAACUUCUGUGCCAUGAUUUUUAACCAGACCAAGAAUCUUUACAUACAUUGUCCUCUUGAAACUGAGAGAUUGAUCAAAUUUACUACAAAACAAGCUCGCCCCUGACUGAGGAUGGGCAUAGCUCUCUCAUGACUUUGAAUAAUGAAGAGACUUGUCAAGCAUAAGUAGAAAAUUCAAAUAUGUGCUUCCUCUUGUUUGCUUAUGCUGAAAUCUAGAGCCUGAAGAAAUGAUAAGUGAGGCCAGGACCAUGAAAGACUUCAGUAGUCAGUGAAUACUCGGAUAGGCAUGAUCAUGAUAAAUUCAACCACCCCAUAUCACCUUUUUGAAUUGAGUCUUCCAAUAAUUUUAAACAUUUUAUUAAUAUAUUGUACUGUAUUUUGUCUAAUAAUACUAAGAAAAAUCAAUUCUUUGUUCAUGACA